AAACCUGCUUUGUUUCAUUGUCAGUUCUUUGAUUUACAGGACUUCUGAUAUCCUUACAACAAGCAAAGAUGGGUACAUGAUAAACAGCGGUCGUUACGCGGGGAUGAAAAAGACCGUUCUAGAAUAAACUCUUCUCACUCCACAGUUUUUGCACAUACUCCUGGUAACGUGUCAUUCGGUACCCAGGGCUACGAGACUAAAAGAAACGAAGGGGUCUGGGCACAAAAGGAGAACCUCGCUGGAUAAGGGUAACGCAGGCUCUAGAAAGAUCAUUUGCGCGCAUGAACAACCACUUCCCAUUGUUUCCAGACUCUCGUUCUCCCCGUCCAACUGGAUUGCGACAGUUGCCACACCAAAGAAAACUUGUUAUUCAUUGUUUUCUUUCAAUAAAAACGAGUUAGCACUGUCUGUCUGAUGUUUGGCCGCCUUGUCAAAUUCAAUGUUUUUGAAUUGUUUGUUCUCUUUUCCACUUUUUCGUAAAAAGUCUGUGGAUUUCUCAAGUUUAGCUUCUGAAGGGUCAGAGGGUCUGGGUACGACAUAAACUAUUAGCGUAUGUUUACUAAAAAGAAUGUGGGUGCUUAUCUUUAAGGAGAGCUUGCUAGCGGAAGGUUUAUUUUAGGUGCAGAGUAAGUAGCUCUCUCUGUCUGGAGCGCAAUUUUAGCUAAUUAUUUUCUAUUGACUCCUUUCCCUGUAAUAUCCUUUAGCUGAAAGACAUCUACAAAGAAUCACUUUCGUUUGUUUGCUAUAUCGAAAGACGACGUAAAUUUUCUACCGGAAAAAUAUUUCAAACCACAACUGAAAAAGGAAAAACACAAAUGGCAUGACAUGACACACAAACCGCACGCUUCUGGCCUCACAAAUUAAAAAAACAAAUGGCGGUAGUUUAUUUUUGUUCUUGGGUGAGGCUUUAUACCGUGGGUAGGGAGGAGUUUAUAGCAUCCUUUUUAAAAAACAAAACGUGUUAAUUAAUUCGUUAACGAGAUAUUUUGGGGGGCGAAUGACAAGAAAAACCUUGUUGAAAAAGCAAACAGAGCACAGCUGCAUUCAGCCGUUUAUUUGAUAGCUGUGCGCUUUUAUCUUCAUAAUCAAAGAAGACAAACCAAAGUUUUCAUAUGAUUACAUUCGGCUCCUUUGGUUGAAAAAGAAAAUGACUUGUGGUACGCAAUGAUUAACAUAAUAUUUUCCCUAAAAAUUGGUUUAAAUUCCCUCAAGCUUACCCAGAAGCUUGAAAAAGGAGUUUUAGUAAUUCAAAUAUUUGUGGCUUUUUAAAAACAUUGGAAUACCUAGAUGAUGAAGUAUAAUAUUUCAUUCUAAAAUGUGUUUUAACUUUUAACGGAUGUCUUGUAUACGAUGUUUGCUGUCACAUCGACUUAAUGCCAAUUAAAAUUGGUUGGUAGGCCAUUUUCAAUUUUACAACAACUAACAAAUUAAGUCUGAAGAGUAAACUCUCAAAAUACCCACGGAUACAAAGUUAUGGUCCUUACACGAGAGGAAACUGCAGCCAUUCCAACCUUAAUUGAUUCAAGGAAAUUUUUAAUUGAACCGAAAAAAGGAAUUAUGGCCCACGUACACAGCGAUUUAGCGCCAAACUGUCUUAAAAGCACUAUCAAGCGCUACACUGAUCCAUAUUCAUAUAAUAAAAUAAGCGCUACUAUUCAGCCGAACUGAUCUUGAACACGUUUUUGAACACGAGGAGACCUAGCCUAUGGAAAUGACAAAGUUGAUACGAUCUGUUUACAGAUUCACCAAACGAUAGUCUGUCGGUAAAGUUACUAGUAAAAGCUUUUAAAUGACAGUUUUUUGACACCACACAGAAAAAGGAAUUCUUCAUUACUUUUUGAGAGAACGUAUGUGUUAAAACGGUCAGUAAUGAUUAUGCUUUCAUGUAGUGAUGGUCACGAAAUCGGCUUUUAGAGUACGUGCUGUUCAGACGAUUUGUUUAAAACGUUUAAAAUGAAAAAUUGGAAAUGCCCCAGGGGGGAUUACAUGGAACAUGUUUUAAGCCUUGAAGAUUGUAUCCGGAGUAAAACCUGCUUUGAAGAAAGGCUUAUCACGACCAAAAUCUGAGUCACUUGCGAAAACUCGCUUAUAACAGUUUAUAACAGUUUGUUAUAUUCACUCACUAAACGCACAGCCCUCCGAAUACAAAGGCAACAACACAUUUGACGCAGUCUUCAGAGACCUCUCGCGACUAGCAUAACGUUUAAUCGCUACAAUAGUCGAUGAUAAAAGUUGCGACGACAUGUUUGAGAUGGAAGGUAAAGAUGAUUGCGCGGCGGUGCCAGCGCCCACAACUCUGUCUCUCUUCACCGCCGCAGUGUCCGGUUUAGUAGCGCUUGUGACUGUUCCUUGUAACAUCUUGGUGUGUCUCGUCAUUCUAAGAAGCCCGCCCAGAUUAAAAAACCUCCGCACGCCUUUCACCUACUUCAUACUGAACCUCGCUCUGACAGAUCUUCUCGUCGGAGCAGCCACGGAGCCGAUUUCAGUGGUGUAUCACCUCAUGGAAGCGAGGUCUGUUUCUUCGCCAAGUUUAGUCAGGCUUUUACAAGUGCUAUACUUUCUCACAUGCACGGUUUCCGUGUUAAGCAUUUUGGCAUUAACCCUAGAGCGAUUCUAUGCCAUUUCUAAACCCUUCAAGUACAGGCAGAGUGUGACAAACUCUAGAGUAUUUCUGGCGUCGGGUAUGAUAUGGAUUUUGUCGCCCGGGUUUAUAACGCCGUACUUCGUGAUGGGCUAUCGUGUUUUUUCGUUGGUGUUCGCCAAUGUCGUGAUCUUAAUUACAUUGUGUACUGUGAUUUACGCUUAUUUCAAGAUUAUCAAGACGAUUCAACGCAGGAAAAACAUUCGCCAGGACAGCUUACAGGGGCUGUUUAUUGCCAACCGACAAGUGACGCUGUACGAAGAAAAACUGACCCGAACGUUUACUUCGAUUCUGAUUCUGUUUGCAAUUUGCUACGUGACGCCAUGCCUCUUAAUUUAUACAAUGAAUUUAUGCACCAAGUGCUCUUGUGAUACUAUCCAUUGGUUGCGGGACUCGACGUUUUUAGCGGUGACUUGCAAUUCUGCCAUCAACCCAUUCCUAUACGCUUGGCGCCUUCCCAGCUUUCGCCACGCGCUGAGGAUUAUGAUGCCCGGAUGCACGUGUCACAUGACACUGGAUAGAGACACCACACAAGGAGUUGUUUACUCACUCAAGAAACCUUCCAACUGCACUAUCGUCUUCGAGAUUGCAGAAAUAGAGAAAAGAAACUUGCGCGCUCCAAAACCGAGGCUUUCUACUUCUCCCCUGUAAAGUCUUUCCAUUUCAUAUGGAAUCCAACACUGAUAUUAAACUCUCAGUACAUUGUCAUAAAACUCUUAUGGAAAAUGCAUCCAUCGUUUAGCACAAUGUUAACAGUGCGGUUGGAACUAAAACCGUCGAAAAUAUGCGACCCGGAUGCGCAGCAAAGUCGGGAUUCGUGCGAUCUUGACACAAGAGCCCAACUGUCAAGAGCAACACUGUUGCUUUCUUAUCUUACGCUGUGAAAGCAUCAAAUUUAGCAUGAGAGAUUAACCGUUUUAAGGCAAAGGCCUGUUUGAAAAGCGAAAUUACUGUCGUUUCGUUUCUUCUGGAACACUCAUGAUACAGUUCAUAAUUUAUUGUAACAUUUCUUUUUCCACAGAUUGAGACACUUAGCUCGCGCAACUAUAACUGGUCAUUCACGAGUUGCAAGUUUUUUUCCCAUUACAAUACGUCCGACAUUAUCAGGAAGCGAUUUUUUUUUUCAACACAACAUCCUUAACAUGGAAAUUACAGGAGGGAAUGACUACAAUACUUUACAAAAUCAGCAAGGUCUUUGAUACGCUUUGUUAGUAACUGACCACAAGUGCUUGUAUUUACAAUA